AUGGCGUUCUCGUUGUUCGAGUUGUUGUUCAUCGUGCCUCGCGCCUCGACGACUGCCCUCCGCGCGCGGCGACGGCCUCCGAUUUACCUCCGUACUUCCCCUCGCUUCAUUGGCGCGCGGCGUGGCGAUGGCGUGGCUCGUCGCGACGCCAACUCAUCAGCUCGGACGAGGCGGACGGUGAGUGCCUCCCGCGCCGUCGUCACGAUGCACGACUACGACAGCGACAGCGACGAGCCGACGCGGCGGACGAAGCUCGGGACCGUCCUCAGCGUCGCCGCGGGGAUCACGUUCGGCGCGCUCGCGAUGAAGUACGUCAACAACGGCGGCGUGAAGCUCUCGAUGCCGUCGAUAUCGCUCCCGAAGAAGACCGUGGAGGUGACGCUCCAGUCCGGGCAGACCAUCGGCGAGCUCGUGUGUGAGUACACGGGCGAGUACACGGAGGAGAAUUUGGCACUCACGCAGCGGCUGAACCGUGGGAAGCUGGAGGACUUGGACUUCGUGCAGCCGGGGACGAAGAUUAAACUCGUCGACAACCGGAAGCCGAAGCUCGCGACCGCGGAGGCGGAGUGGUGGAAGAACAAGGAGAACGGCGGGAGCGUGGAGAUGAAGAAGAAGAAGAAGAAGGGGGACGCCGCGGAGGCGGGGGCGGAGGGGGCGGGCGGGAAAAAGGACGACGCCGAAGCCGCCGGCGACGGCGAGAGCGAGAGCGAAGGCGCGAACGCGGACGGCGACGCGAAGGAAGGCGAGAAGGGCAAGCCCGCGAAGGUGUUCAAGCAUAAGAAGCCGAAGAAAGAGGAGCCGCCGAAGCUCAAGGUGAAGAAGGACGGCGUGGACAUGCUCGGCGAGGGGCGGUGA